AUGGGCGAUCCUGGCGAGGGUGCGCUUGUGACAGACGCCUUUGAGCUGCUUCGCGAUUGCGAGCGGCGGCAAUGGGUGUACCAUAACGUUACCGGGGAGUGCAAGAGGCAUCCUGUGCACGCGGAGGGGGAGUGGGAACUGGAGUUGAGCGAGGCUGGCGUUCCAUUCGUAUACAUAGACAAUACGGAGUGCGAGAUCUGGCUCCCAGAUUUUCUGGAUUCUAAUGUGUACACGCCUCGUGGCAGGAAAAUGGUGCGCUGCACACUGUUCGGUCCUGAUUUGGUGGCUUUCGACAAGUACGCCAGGACGCAUUCCAUCUUUGAUAGUGGUGUGCGUUUUCCAGGGGAUGAUCACAUCACGAAGUUCAGAACGUAUAGGUUCGUCAAAGAGCAUCACAGGCAGAAGUUUUGGUGGUCUCUACCUACUCUCGUGAGAAAGGUACUAUUGCCUUUCCAGAAAGGCAAGAAGAAGUGGAGCUCACGGGUCAUCGGCAAACGGCUACAAGCUUGGACAAAUCUGGCAGCCAGCAUGGGCCUGCCAUGCGUUCGGAGGGCGGUUGCCCAGGACGACCGGGCAGCUCCGUUGCUCGAUGGUGAGCCUUGCAGGUGUGCGAAAGAGCCGACUGCUGUCACGGCCCUUCUCGUAGCAAUAAUGUGCACUCUCGCUUUCAAGAAGCCUGAGGCUGGCGGAUGCGCGUCGCCAGAGGCUGCAGCAAUGUCCAAGCGACUUCUCACGAGCUUCUGCGCCAGGGCGGCGUUGACUUGCAUGGAGCUGUUUUUUUUCAGCGAUUGCGAGGUGCACCCCAGCGGCGUUACGACCGAGGCCGCCAGGCACGUGACCCUGGUUAGCCUCAGGGUCAGCGGUCUCGAAGUUGACGCGACUCCAGUGUGCGACGUCGUCGGGCCAAAGAGGCUCAAGCGCUUCGCGCUGGCGAUCGAGAAGGCCACGUCCCAUGCAGCAGAGAGUCACCCCUUGAAUGCCGUGCCGCUGGUCGAUUUCAUCGAGGCUCUCCUGGUGAACGAGGUGCCGGCCUACAAGGACGUCAUCAGCGCCGUCGCCCACGGCAUCGAGUCCCAGCUCGAGGUGGAGCGUGCCGCGGUGCUCCAGUCGGGCGUCCCCAACGGGGCCCCCGCGGAACACCUGAGGCGACCGCCGGACAAGAACCUGGACACGCACGAGAUGGCCCGCAGGAACGUCGCGCGCCUCCACGCUGCCAACGACAAGUUCGCUGGCGCGCUCUCUCUUUCAGUAGCCUUUGACGGCGCCCGCGUCGGGUGCAAGGCGCGCCAGAACGCCGUGCUCGCCUUGCCGUGCAACUUCGCCGCGUGCUUGGGUGCUGCCCGAUCUCAGCGCCGAGAGGGGCGCCGAGAAAGCGGCGGGGAACGAGGCGGCAGCGAGAGAGGAGGCCGCGGUCCACAACAACUCUUCACAGAACUUGUUCGUUUCUGGCCGAAAGCACCCCCUGCGCGCCGGCAGGCGCCUCAAGCACCGCACGAAGUCAUAUAA